AUGGCCACUACAGCAAACAAUAAUGAUAUGUGUACCAAACUGUCUGAAACAACAAUAACAACGUCGUCAUCUAACAAUAUUCUAUCAUCAUCUUCUCCAGUAUCAACAACACUUCAAAAACUACCUCAUUUAUUAGAAACUACAACAACAACAGAUAAUGAAUUUCAUCGUGCUUCUCAACAAUCAUAUUCACAUUCAGUAUUUGUUGAUUCAUUAAGAGAUUGGAGAGAUCCACUUCUUCAUGGUUCCGAACCAAUUGAAAUUCCACUUUGUCCUCGAUGCUCAGCGUGCAAAUGUCGCUCGUUACUCAACAGACCAACAGUAAAUACAUCACAUCCUCGACGUAUUUAUCAAUAUGAAGAUAUACAUCACGACCAUCUGCAUCAUAAUCACUCUCAUCAUCAUCCAUCGUGUCCUAGUUAUAAGUCCAAAUCGUACUCUCCUGUUAAUCGAAAUCGAUCACGUUCGAGAUCAUCGGGACGUACAUUUUCUCACGACUCGUCAAUUCGUUUAAACUCUGAUCAAAGUAUGUCUACAUCAAGCUCACCAAAAGACCGAGCCAAAUCAUUAUCAACAAUAGUAAAAUCAAAAAUACCAGUACGUUCACUUACAGGAGUAUUCAAUUCUACUAAGACGACACGUUCGAAUUCUAAUAUACAAACUUCUGACAGAGCAAAAAAAACAUUGAUACCACGACCAAUAGUUAACAAAAAUAAUUUUAAAAAUCAGUUAAAAGAACAGCCACAACAAACAGAAAAAGUGGAUGACCAGAUAAUCCCAAUUGAAAAUGUCAUAUCACUCGAUGUACCCGUUUAUGAUGCGAAAAUAGAUGAAAAUAAAGAUGUAGAAGAAAAACAUAGUUCUGAUUUUGAUCCAGACAGGUAA